AUGGCAUCAGUUGCAGUAUCGACUCCACUUAAGUCCCACAAGGGACUUUUCUCUUCCCGUACCGCUGGCGGUCGCAUGCCCUUGACCCCAUCCCCUCGCCAACGCACCGUGACCAACAAUAUCAAUGUGGAAACGUCUCCCUUCACCCCCGACCGACAAUCUCACGAUGCGUGCCGCCCAGCUGGCAAGUCAGUUUAUGGAGGAAACCUAUCGGCACACUUUGCCAAGUCCAACACAAGAGCUUCGCACCGCAAUUCGCCCAAGUCUAACAUUGCCCGAAGUGUUGCCACUCCCCGCAAGGCUCUAGAGCUAGGUGUGUCGGACUUCACUCUCGUUGGCACUGGACAUACCAAGUCCCCUUCUAGCAACAAGACGAAGAAAGCACCCCUACGACAGAAGUCCAACAAGACUACCAUCAGCUAUGCCGCCGACCGAUUCAUCCCGAAUCGUAGCAACAGCUCCGCCAUUUCCAAUGUGGGCUCUGGAAAGCUUGAUACUCAGGACAAGUCACGACCUAAGUCGGGUGCCAGCAACGAGCCGUCCACUGUCUUAUCAUCUGCUACAGACGAUGCCAUCGCUGCUCUAGAAAGCCUGAACAUCAACGAGGAUGAAGAGACCACCUACGCUCGCCCAUCCCCCAACACUGUCGCCUACCAAGACUCCUUGGCUAGUGCUUGUGGCGUCAACCUUAACACACGCAUUCUGCAGUUCAAGCCUGCUCCUCCCGAGUCGUCGAAGCCUAUUGAUCUUCGUCAACAAUACAACCGACCUUUGAAGUCUGCCAGUGCCAACUCUGCCCAGUUCAGACGUCGCAUCGCAACUAACCCCGAGCGUGUUCUCGACGCACCUGGUCUAAUUGAUGACUACUACUUGAACCUCCUCGACUGGAGCUCAGGUAACCAGGUUGCCAUUGGUCUGGAGCGCAGUGUCUAUGUCUGGUCCGCUGAUGAAGGCUCUGUGAGCUGUUUGUUGGAGACUACCCCUGACACCUAUGUCAGCAGUGUUAAGUGGUCUGGUGAUGGUGCCUACGUCGGCGUUGGCCUUGGAACUGGUGAGGUUCAGAUCUGGGACGUCGCUGAGGGCCAGAAGGUGCGCAGCAUGUUCGGUCAUGAUACCCGCGUUGGUGUCAUGGGCUGGAACAAGCACCUCCUAUCUACUGGUGCCCGAAGUGGACUCGUCUACAACCACGAUGUCCGUAUUGCCGAGCAUAAGGUUGCAGAGCUCGUCUCUCACACUUCCGAGGUCUGUGGACUGGAGUGGCGAUCUGACGGUGCCCAGCUUGCUACCGGAGGCAAUGACAACCUUGUUUCCAUCUGGGAUGCACGAUCCCUUGCCGUCCCUAAGUUUACCAAGACCAACCACAAGGCUGCUGUCAAGGCUCUUGCUUGGUGCCCUUGGAACAUCAACCUUCUCGCUACUGGUGGUGGCUCUUACGACCGUCAUAUUCACUUCUGGAACACCACGUCUGGUGCUCGCGUUAACAGCAUCGACACUGGUUCUCAAGUCACCAGCCUCCGGUGGUCUACCAGCUACCGUGAAAUCGUCAGCUCCAGUGGUUUCCCUGAUAACUCGCUCAGCAUCUGGAGCUACCCUACGCUCGUCCGCAACGUCGAGAUCCCCGCCCACGAGAGCAGGGUUCUCCACAGCUGCCUCAGCCCUGACGGACAAAUGCUCGCUACCGCAGCUGCCGAUGAGAGCUUGAAGUUCUGGAAGGUGUUUGAGAAGAAGGCCGGUGCCUCGGCAGGCAUUGGUGCCAGUGGCUCUUCCAGCAAGGCCCAGAUGGCUAAGCAAAUGACCAUCCGCUAA